AAAGAAGCGCGUGUAUGUGCCUCCGCAGCCUCGCGCCUCAUCUCUGUGCUCGUUCGGUUUCAGCCGGAUUCCGCAUUUCCCCAGGUUAGCAAACGCAAGCUAACAAGAUGUCGAGGGUGUACAUCGGGAGACUGAGCUACAGAGCCAGAGAAAAGGACGUGGAGAGAUUCUUCAAAGGCUACGGGAAGAUACUCGAAGUGGACCUGAAAAACGGGUAUGGGUUUGUUGAAUUUGAUGACCCGCGUGAUGCAGAUGAUGCUGUUUAUGACUUGAACGGCAAGGAGUUGUGUGGUGAGAGGGUCAUUGUGGAGCACACCAAGGGACCCCGUCGGGAUGGAGGAUAUGGAGGUGGUGGUAGUGGAGGAGGAGGAGGAGGUGGUGGAGGAGGAGGAGGAGGCGGAGGAGGCAGCAGCAGCGGCGGCGGCAGUGGUGGUGGUGGUGGUGGCGGAAGAAGUGGAUAUGGCCGCUGGGGAAGAGACAGAUAUGGUCCACCUAUAAGGACAGAUUAUCGACUCAUUGUUGAGAAUCUUUCAAGCCGCUGCAGCUGGCAGGAUUUGAAGGACUACAUGAGGCAGGCAGGGGAGGUGACUUACGCUGACACCCACAAAGGUCGGAGGAACGAGGGGGUGAUCGAGUUCAGGCUCUACUCUGAUAUGAAGAGGGCUCUGGAGAAGCUCGAUGGCACAGAAGUGAACGGCAGAAAGAUCCGUCUCAUCGAGGACCGCCCCGGCGCCAGACGCAAACGCUCUUAUUCGCGCAGUCGCAGCCAUUCCAGGUCCCGCUCCAGGAGCCGCAGGUCUCGCAAGAGCCGCAGCCGCAGUGAUAGCAGCAGUCGCAGCCGCUCCCACUCCAGAGCGGCGUCCCACUCCCGCAGCCGAUCUCGUAGCAAGAAGAACAAGAUCAAGGGCAAGAAGGAGGAAGAGGAGCGCAGCAACGGCGCUCCGAAGAACAAGGAGCGCAGCAGGAGUCGCAGUCCCAAGAGUCGCAGCCCCAAGAGCAAAAAGUGCAAGAAAGACGGGAAGAAGAAGAAGGACGAUUCCAGGUCCAGGUCUCGCUCCCGCUCCCGCUCCAGGUCUCGUUCAAGAUCGGGGAUGAAGGAUCGCUCCAGGAAGUCCGGCUCAAAGGGCCGCGAGCAGCCCAAGAGCGACGACGAGGGAGGCGAGGCCGAUCGGGGUUCCCGCUCUCGUUCUCGCUCCCCCGCUGAAUCCAAAUCCAGAGCGAGGUCUAAAUCAAAGUCCAAAUCCCGCUCCCCCUCCCCCGCCAAAGCCCGCUCCCGAUCCGCCUCCCGCUCAGAGUCCCGCUCCAAAUCCCGCUCCCAAUCUCGUUCUCGCUCCCGUUCCCGCUCGUAGUUCAGAUUUUGGACUUUUUUGUCUUGAGCCCUUAUCCCAGUGUCCCCCCCCCCCCCCCCCCCUUGCCUGCCAUUUACAUUCCCCCAUAACCCCACCACACUUCCCUGCCUCCCGUUUUUUGAUAAAUAGACGUAGAAUACCAGGCACUCGAUGUCUUUUAUGCACACGCUACUCCAUUUCAUUUGACUUUUACUCUGCAUAUUUUUUCAUUAGAGCUGUCUCGUAUGGGGGUGUUUGUAAAAUAACAGGGUGCAAAUCUCAGUUUUAUAAGUUUAAAUGAUGGUGUGGUGCGUGUCUUAGCCUUUUUUAAUCAAAUGUAGAAGCAUACUGUUGUCAAAAUGCCAGGUGGGAAUAAGUUCCACCAUCUCACCUUUUUGUGAAAUCCUUGUAUCAUUUUAUUUCAGAUUAAAAACCACCUGUUCUACA